AUGGCCUCCUCAUUUGACCCCUCCAAUGUCGAUCUCACCACAGCAGACCCUGCCCAAGUUGUCUGCUUUCUUGAGCUGGGUAAAAAUGAGUACGAUGGCAUGCUUGGUGCCCGCAUUUCGUCCAUCUUCGUUAUAUUUGCGAUCUCGACCGUUUCCACCUUCUUCCCAGUUGUUGCAAAACGAGCUAGGAGGUUUAAGAUCCCUCUCUAUGUGUAUCUAUUUGCCCGUUACUUCGGUACAGGAGUGAUUAUCGCCACUGCAUUCGUCCAUUUGCUGGAUCCUGCCUACGAGGAGAUUGGUCCCAACACUUGUGUUGGAAUGACUGGUAACUGGUCACAGUACUCAUGGCCGCCUGCAAUUGCUUUAACGUCGACGAUCGCUGUCUUCCUAAUGGACUUUGGCGCUGAGUUAUACGUUGAGUGGAAGUAUGGGAUUACGAAGGGAGAACCGAGGGGCGACAUUGUCCGGGAGACCAACGAACGUGAAAUUCCCGAACUAACCAUGCCUCAGGAAAAGGAAGGAGAUCGAGAGACUUCCCCUGUGCAGCAAUGUGAGAAAGGGGGUGCUUGGGAUAUUGGGGAUUUUGCCGACUCCGUCGCCGCUGAGAGAUCGUUCCGACAGCAGAUCGCCGCUCUCCUGAUCCUUGAAUUUGGUGUCAUCUUUCACUCGGUCAUCAUUGGCCUGAACCUCGGUGUUUGCGGAAGUGAAUUCUCGACUUUAUACCCAGUUCUUGUAUUCCACCAGAGCUUUGAAGGAUUAGGUAUCGGCGCACGAAUGUCUGCUAUUCAGUUUAAAAGAAAGAGCUGGCUGCCUUGGCUGCUGUGUAUGGCGUAUGGGUUAACCACACCUAUUUCCAUUGCCAUUGGACUAGGCCUGCGAACAACAUACAACCCUAAUGGCGUGACCGCAAACAUCGUCUCGGGCGUCCUGGACGCGAUUUCUGCCGGUAUCUUGAUUUAUACCUGUUUGGUGGAAUUGCUGGCUCGCGACUUCUUAUUUGACCCUUGCCGAACGAACAGCAGAAAGCGCCUGUCUUUUAUGACUGUCUGCACAGUGGCGGGUGCAGGCAUUAUGGCGCUUAUUGGAAAGUGGGCAUAA